AUGCAUGCUUAUGCACGUGAACGCCUGGACGACCAACUCAAGGUAGUAGAUAGCCUCAUUGAUAAGGAAGAGGAACCGACUCGGGAACACUUACUUGAAGCCCCUUCAGGGCCAAAAUCAAAGAGGAAAAAAAAGAAACUGGCGAGCGAUGAGCCAGAGGACUGUGAAAUGGUGCCACUGAGCAUUCUGGAGAGAAUAGAGAAGAGACUCCAAUCACUGGAGGAUACAGUAAAAGAAAAGACAAAAACAACGAAGAGAAAAACAUCUGUCAUGGCCGGACAGAUGAACACCCUACAGGCAGAAGCCGCAGCUCUGGGGAAAACGAACACGGAGCUCUGUGACAAAUACAACAACAUGGAUGCUUACUCGAGACGAUGGAACCUACGAGUUGCAGGGAUACUGAAGAAGACAGGGGAGGACAUUAAGAAAACCAUUAUUGACCUGUUUGGCCAAAUCUCCCCUGAUAUUGGGAACCAGCUCGCUCUCACGGUGGAUAUCGUGCACAGAGUGGGUCCACGCUCUGGACACGAGUGCUCCAGCCGCCACGUCUUCAUACGCUUUCUGUCAAGAUCCCACAAGGAUAAGAUCUGGAGAGAUGCCAGAACAGCAGACUUCCUUAAGGAAAGAAGAAUAAAGAUCAUGGAGGACCUGAUGCAAGAAGCCAAGGAGUCCAGGAAUCAGCUGUGGCCUCAGGUAGAGAGGGCAAGGAAAGAACGGAAGAAAGCCGGCUUUAGAGGAGCGCACACCAAUAUCGAUGGUAAAAGAAUCACAGCCAAGGACAUGGUUGUUUCCAUAGUGACCAGCCUGGUGACUGCCACCAUAGAGGCUACAGUGCAAACCACAGGAAACCUGUCAACAUUCAAAGACCAAAGAGGCAGCGAGUUCAGUCCAGUCCAUCAGGCAUCCACCCCAUCGGUGCUGAGCGCUGCUGAGAGUAACUCUGUUCUGCAGGGAAUCACAGUGGCAACUCAGGCACUGGUACUCCUCUCAAUCUUCCUCCUGUCCAGUCUUGGCAACUUGGCAGUUGUCAUUGUUAUCAUCAAACACAGACAGCUCAGAACAGUAACCAAUGCCUUCAUCAUGUCGCUGUCGCUGUCAGACUUCCUCACUGCUGUUUUAUGCCUGCCAUUCUCCUUUGCCAUGCUCUUCAGUAAGGACGGCAUCUGGAUAUUCGGGGAUCAUUUCUGUGUUGCCAAUGGUUUUUUCAACACAUGCUUUGGUAUUAUUUCCAUCCUGACUAUGACUUUGAUCUCCUUUGACAGGUACUAUGCUAUAGUCAGACAGCCGCAGGCUAAAAUAGGGCGUCAGAAAGCAACUCAGUUGUUGAUAGCUGUUUGGUUAAUUGCAGUCAUUUUCUCACUUCCUUGGUAUCUGUUAGUCCGAACACCUACAGAAUUCCACAAGCGAGGUUUCUACCACUGCAUGUAUGCAUUCCACUCUGGUACCUCACGCAUGGGAGCAGCUUACAGCGUCUGCCUUAUUGUUGUGUGCUAUUUACUGCCCUUUUCCCUGAUGUGUUUUUGUCAUUACAACAUCUGUAAGACUGUUCGGCUCUCUGAAAUACGAGUCAGGCCGGUGACCACAUAUGCAUACUUGCUUCGAUUUUACAGUGAAAUGCGAACAGCUACCACAGUUCUAAUAAUGAUUGUUUUCAUCAUUUUUUGCUGGGGGCCGUAUUGUUUAAUGGGGUUGGUUACAGCAAUAGGGGACUACACAUUCAACCCUGCAAUGGACACUGUGGCCAUCUGGCUAGCCUGGGCAAACGGAGCUAUCAACCCUCUGAUCUAUGCUCUGAGGAACCCCAAUAUAGCCAUGUUAUUGGGGCGCAGCAGGGAGGAAGGCUAUCGGACCAGAAAUAUUGCUGCAUACCUCUCCAGUCAAACUCAGAACCGUGAGAUUUGCCUUAACCAAGCAGAGAGGAUAAGGGACCGCUAUGUGAGUCGAGUUGGGGUGAAUAAUAAUAGCCGUCUUUCAAGUUCAAGUUCUGGAAAAGCAGGGGGGGGAGGAGAGGUGGCAAUGUGGGCUUGUAAAAACCCUGCUGUGUUCUUCUGCAGGGACGCCCAGCAUGACAAUGUAACACUACCCAACUCUGUCUGUGCUUCAAAGAUGAGGACAGCUGACACCAGCCUGUGA